AUGGCUACUCACGCUGCCCAAGCAGACCUCCUAGAGGCAAUCCCCUUCGUCAGAGACAUCACUCCUUUGGACCUACUGCAGCUGCCGCAAGGCUUAUUCGAGGCUCUUCCAAAGCCUUGCAACUUGAAGAGAUCCGCCGCAUCUGGCGGUCCAAUCUGGCCUCCAGUCCUCACCAAUGUCCUCAUCAACGGCCUCUUGAUCCUCCACCACAAGCCUCACUUGGUCGGAAAGCAAGGCUUGGACGAACACUACAACUGGCUCUCGGCGUUCAUUUACCGCCAAACGCGGGGAUGGGAUCCAAAGGCCCUAGCGCGCAACACGAUUGAGAUCAAACGCACCAAUCCAGGUGAAAGGGUGUUUGGAAUCAUUCGCAACAGGAAACAAAUCUCCUCCAAAGUUCAGACCAUCGGGGCAUAUGUUACUCAAGGUCCCAAACCAUCCAAAGACUUGCUCUCCCAGGUCCCGGGAAUGGGCCUGCGCACUAACGACAUUACGAACAUCGAUGCACCACACCAUCAUCAUCAACAACAAUACACGACGACGACGACUACAAGACCUUCAACCGCUAAUAGCCAUCCUUCUUUGAUCGUCGCUCACCCCCAUAAACAGUCUGCUCUUCCACUUGAUCUUUCUCACAUUUCCCUCGAACCGGCCUGGUUACCGCCCACUCCAUUUUCUCUUCCAUCAACGCCCACGAACCCAUCAUCGGCGUUCUUGUACCCAGCCGACAUCCCCGACUUUGAAUUCGUGGACGCCAGGGUUUUAGGGUACAACCCAGAAGACUGGCCCGAGUAUGAGAGUCGAUGGCUUCACGGCCCUAACGUGCCGCCUUCUUGCACCACCGCCAACAACAACAACACGAGCCUUCUACAGAGACGUCAACGAAGAGCUAGUUUUUCAUUAGGACCGGAUGCUUUUGCGCUUGCGGCCACGCUUCCGAAAAGAACCGUAUUGAAGCUCGCUUCUGCAUCCGUCGCUGUCCAGUUCGGAGGAGGCAGCAUACCACCAAAGAAAAAGGCUGGUGGCGUAUCGCCCUCCCUCUUCAAUACGCAACAUCAAUUGGCUCGGCUCGACCAAAGGAGUGCCGGUAUCGAUAAUACGACCCUGGUGGCCGUAUCCUCCAUCGAGUUGGACGCUGCUUCUCAAGAACUUAUAAAGCCAUUUGCAGCAGGAACUCGAAUUUAUCACGUUGACCUCCCUGUCCACGUACCCUCUGCCCCAUCCGACCGCGCAUAUCUCGCCCAAGGUGUCGGGUACGAGUUUCACAUCAAGGCACGCGUCGAAUUGCAAUUAGGAGAGGGCAUUUUCACCGAUGAAGAGCUGAAAUCGGUGUCUGAUGUCUAUUACAAUUCAGCACUAGUAAAUGCGCCUUCUCCCCAAUUGCAACUGAUGAAUGGCUAUCAUGAGACUGUUCCGCUCCGGCUAGCAAACCGCCACGAAAUAGACGGCAACGGUACAUUGUCUCCUAGCUCAUUGGUCGCGGAUGGACUGGCGAUUUCAUUUAUGACAAAUCUAUGGACGAAUAUGACCAAAAAUCCCGAAGCUACCGAUACUGAUCUCACGCGAUACGUCAUUGUCCAGACCAUCCUCCCCCGCUCGGCCGCUGCAAGAUCUCAAGACCCUCUGCUCGUCGUCGUAUAUUCACCUCGAGUAUGCCACACGUCAGAGGAGGCAUCUGCCAGAAUGGUUAUUCUGUCCGAUAGCGCGAGGAGCAACAGCGGAUCUCCCGUCCAGCACCACACCGAUGGGAUCGCCUCCUAUGACCUUAGCGACACAGAGAUGAACGCCACACCACGGCCUUCGAUGUCUGCGUCUCUAUCGUUGAGCCCCGUAUUCGAUCGUGUGUCGUCGAUCAGCCCGGUGAUCACCAAGAAGGCCAGGGAGUCGUCGUUUGACCAAAAGGGCAAAGGCAGGAGGAACUCGACCCUUCGCGAGUCCAUUACCUCCUCUCCUUCCAUCGUCGCGGGUACGACGGUGGCCAACCCCGCGGUCAAUGUCUCUACUGGAACCGUAGGACCUAUCAGGCGCGAGUCAAAGCAGCAUGCUGCAUCUUAUUCGCCCUUCCCUACUGCUUCUGGCAUGAUGGCUCGUCGACACACCCACGGUGCGGCUGUUGGUACUCCCAAGGGUGCUUUGGGCUUUCCGGUAACGUCCAAGGUCGCCCCCACUACGACCACACCACCUCAAGUCGCCUCUGCCCUCGAACAGACGUCUGCCGACAUUCUUGCAG